CAAUAUUUUUUAAGAAAAGUUGCAGUGACAAUCAAUAGCACAAACAUGACAAUCGAUUUUCAUGCUCCAAACGUUCAAAAUAUUUCAAAAUCUACCUUGUGAUAAUCGAUUGCACCAAAGUGACAAUCGAUUGUCAUGCCUAAAAAGUGUUUUUUCGCUUUGGCAUAAUGCAAAUCAGUUUUGGUACAAUCGAUUGCACAAGAGGGCCGAUCGAUUGUCAUGCCUUAAAAAUCGAUUGCACAGUUAUGGAUAUUAAUGCACAUAAAUUUGUAUAAAUUGAUUUGUUUGGUUCAUUUUCGUUCACAAUUCAUAUCAAUGGUCUCUUACUCAUAUCUAGUCAAAUUAAACUCCAACCUAGUUGCACAAUAAAGGAAAUCUAAUUUAUUUAGGAUGAACAUUGAUUUUACAUUGUGUGAUUUUGUGAUCUGAAGGACCAACUAUCCGACACCCUGUAUUACUACUUACUCCAUGCACAUUAGCCUACUUUCGAUUUCUCUGAAACCACUUUCAUUCUCCACCGCGCGCCACCACCCUUCCUUCCUUCUCCUCGCUACACAACUUUUCUCAACUCACCAACAUGUAUAUCACGCCAAUCUCAACAUCGCAGCCCUCUCACGCGCCGGUAACAUCAACGCCGCACGCCACCUGUUCGACAAAACGUCCCCAAAAGAUAUCGUCACAUGGAACUCCAUGCUCACAGCCUACUGGCAAAACGGCUUUCUACAACACUCCAUAUCACUAUUCGACUCCAUGCCAAUCAAAAACGUCGUUUCAUGGAACUCCAUCAUAACCGCAUGCGUUCAAAACGACAACCUCAACGACGCGUUUAGUUACUUCACCGCAAUGCCGGAGAGAAACACUGCGUCGUACAAUGCUAUGAUGUCGGGUUUUGUGAAAAUGGGACGCGUGGAGGAAGCGCAGAAAUUGUUUGAAGAAAUGCCGCGGCCGAAUGUUGUUUCGUAUACUGUGAUGAUUGAUGGGUAUGCCAAGAAGGAAGAUGGGAUUAGGCGUGCGAGGGCGCUGUUCGAUGCGAUGCCGAAUAGGAAUGAGGUUUCGUGGACGGUGAUGAUUAGUGGUCUUGUUGAGAAUGGGUUGUAUGAGGAAGCGUGGGAACUGUUCGAUAGAAUGCCUCGGAAGAAUGUUGUUGCUAGUACUUCUAUGAUUACUGGGUUUUGUAGACAAGGGAAGAUUGAGGAAGCUUGGAACUUGUUUCAACAGAUUCCAUAUAGAGAUCGCGCUUCUUGGAAUAUAAUGAUAACUGGCUAUGCCCAGAAUGGGAGAGGGGAGGAGGCACUAAAUUUAUUUUCACAAAUGGUCAGGACUGGUAUGCAACCUGAUGACUUGACUUUUGUUUCACAUUUUACUGCCUGUGCUAGUCUUGCAUUACUUGACGAAGGAAGACAGGCGAAUGCUCUUGUAAUUAAGCAUGGCUUUGAUUCAGAUUUGUCCGUGAGCAAUGCCUUGGUUACUAUGUACAGUAAAUGUGGUGAAAUUGUCGACUCCGAGUUAGCCUUUAGGAAAAUUUCUCAUCCGGACAUUGUUUCAUGGAACACAAUCAUUGCUGCAUUUUCGCAGCAUGGUCUUUAUGACAGAGCUCGGUACUACUUUGACCAUAUGGUAACAGUCGGUGUUGCACCUGAUGGCAUAACUUUCCUGAAUUUGCUAUCUGCCUGUUGUCGUGCUGGGAAGGUUGAUGAGACCAUGAGUCUUUUUUACUUGAUGGUCCAUAAUUAUGGUAUUCCGCCAAGGUCUGAACACUAUUCUUGUAUAGUUGAUGUUAUGAGUCGAGCGGGUCAAUUGAAGAGAGCUUGCGAAGUAAUCCAAGAGAUGCCAUUCAAGGCAGAUUCCAGCAUUUGGGGUGCUCUCCUUGUGGGCUGUAAUAUCCAUUCAAAUGUGAAAUUGGGGGAACUGGCUGCUAGGAGCAUUUUGAAUUUGGAUCCUUAUAAUUCUGGUGCUUAUGUGAUGUUGUCUAACAUAUAUGCUGCUGCUGGCAAGUGGAAGGAUGUCAAUAGAGUGAGGGUUAUGAUGAAAGAGCAAGGAAUUAAGAAACAAACAGCUUCUAGUUGGAUGCAGAUUGGAAACAAACUCCAUUGUUUUGUUGGAAGUGAUCCGUCGCAUCCAAAUAUAGAUGAUAUUCAUGAAGCUUUAAGGAGGAUUGCAUUACAUAUGAAGGUAAAGGGUAACUCUGAAGAAGAGGCUAUAAGUUAAUUUAAGCAAACAGUUUAGACUAGAGUCAAUGCAGGUGUUAUUGAAAGUCAGGGCGAAGGAAUCAUGUUAAACAUUUAAGUUUAACACUUUAUGCCAAAUAUGCUCUAACCCUAAAGAUUAAAAGUCAGGAUUAUAAAAAUUCAAGGAAAAUCUGAAGUGUUGUGAACAGCCUAAGCAAGUUAGGAGCUGGGGACUAGGGACCGUGACUUAUUGCAGUUGUGAUAGGGUGGACUUGAAGCAGUGACACAUACAAGGAUGAUAUUUCAAAACAUGCAUUUGAAGAAUUUGAAUUUCCUGAAUAGAGCAGCCUCGCCGUGAUCAAAUAUGUUGAGACAUGCAUUUCAGAUAUAAUGGUUCAUUUGUUGCUGGAUGAUAUUCUUAUUAUUCAUAUGCAUGUGAUGUGACUUUAAAGGAUUAGUUAUCUUCCAACUUAAGGGAUUAACUGAAUUAUUGGCUUGAUGUUAAAAAGUUGAACAAGGGAACUCCAAAGUAGAGAUAAAGGUAAAAAUUGAAUAAGGGCAUCCACAAAUGCAGUAAAUGAAGGGUAAAUUAUGAUGUAUUUAUGGAAAAGUUUGGCUCUGUUUGUUCCUGUGUGUGAUAUAAAUUCGAUGAUUUUUAGAUUUACAUUAUGGGGUAAGGGUUACGAAAUCGCGCGGACUUGCCAUGAAGAUUGAAGGAGGUUCUCAUAGUCCAUUGAAGAAUAUAAGAUAGGCAUAUAUAUUAAAGUAUAUACAAAAUCAUGUUUAAAAGUGCAUUGUGGAUCCUCUCCUUCAAUAUUCUCUCAAAAGUGUAUUUGCACGAGUGUGUUUUAGUUGUGUUUUUUUUUUUAUACUGGGAGUGUGUUUUAUUUGGUCAAUUCCCAUAUCAUAUGUCAAUCUUUAAAUCAUGUCAAUUAAACAGUUGCUGCUUGCUAAAAUCUUCUUUUCUGCAAUACUAAAACUGUCAUAUAGUUGUUUAAUAGUAAUAAUAUGAAAAGGAUACAAAACUAUAAAUGUUUAAAGAUAGAAAUAUUCUCAUACAAAGACAGUGG